UCCGCUGAUCCGUCAGUCGUCUGCUCGCUUCAGAUCUAGCGAGUGGGGCAGUGCAGGCGGGUCCUGGCAGUGCCGUGUUGUCGUGUGAGAGGCCCAGUGUUGUAGGCCUAAGAUAAUUCGUCUUCUCUUCUUGUUCGAUCGCCAACCUUCAUUCAGUAACCAUGUCGGUUAUGACCAUUAAAUUAUCACGGCCUAACGGUUGCCCGUGGGGCUUCAGGCUACAGGGAGGCAAGGAUUUUGCUACACCUCUCUGUAUCCAAAAGGUGAACGCCGGCUCGGUGGCUGCAAACGCGGGGCUGCAGGCUGGCGACGCCAUCGUGAGCAUCGGAGGAAAAGACGCCCUCUCACUCAGACACAAGGAGGCACAGGAAGCCAUAGUCAAGGCUGGAAACAGCUUCGACCUCGUUGUACAGAGGGGUGUCAACACUUGGAAGCCACAAGUCACUCCUCUGGCCGAAGUUAAGACGACUCCCGAGGGCGUCCCUGUUGCAACGGCGACCUCUCUUGCUGCCAACAAGCAGCCCGUCCGUCACAUCGGGUCCAACCACAACACAGUGGCGCGCCCCUUCCCUGGAUUCACGGGGUCCCAGCCCGCCUAUGCCAAGGGCGUGGUCACACUCAACCAGCUCAAGCAGAGCACCACAGACGCCCCGAGCCUCAAUGGUGGCGGCGUCGGCGGCAACACCACGUCCUCUUCCUCCCGCUCCUCCUCCAGACACGCCUCCGGGAGUACCAGCCCCACUGGCGGCAGCCUCGCCGUCCCGGGCACGAGCAUCUCCCUCAAUAAGGAGAACGCCAAAAAUUUCCUCAGGAUGACGUUGGACAAAGAGAACGUGAACUCGAUGAACGUGAACUCGGCCACCUCGCAGAAGGCGCAGAAGUCCAACAGCAACGACAACCUUUUCUCGAGCCAGUUCCUGAACAACAACGGGGCGGUGGGCGGCAGCGUCGGCCAGCCCCGCAAGUACUCGCUGGCCAGUAACGCCUCGAGCUGCAGUAGCUCAGACACCGACCACGACGCCCUCACGCGGAGGAACAAUGAAGUCAACGGGCAGCAGAUUGUCAACGCUCAGUACAACAGCCCUCUUAACCUGUACAGCGAGGACAACAUCGCCGAGACUCUUUCCGCUCAGGCUGAAGUCCUCGGCAAGGGAUGUCUUGGCAUCAACUUCAAGAAGUACGCGCGGGAGACCGUGAUUCAGACGCAGUCGCCCACGUACAAACUGAUUCACGGCGACGAGGACGAACCCCCGAGGAGGGCCCGCCCCCCACCAGCUUCGCCCUUCGACAAGAGCAACGAGCCUCCGCCCCCGACCACCGUGUUCGGCCGCCCCAAGCAGGCCCCUGCCCCGGCCGCGGCCCCUGCCCCGGCCGCGGCCCCUGCCAAGCCGCCCCAGCAGGGAGAGUCAGACAGCGGGCCAGGCCCUGCCGGCACUCGCAGCGUGCGCGCCCCCGAGACUAAACCGAAGCCCGAGGGGGGGGCUUCCCCCGCGCCGCUGACCAAGUGUUCCGAGUGCGAGCGGCCCAUUACCGGCGUGUUCGUGCGAAUAAAGAAUAAGAACCUCCACGCUGACUGCUUCAGGUGUUCGACCUGUGGCUCCUCGCUCAAGAAUGUUGGCUACUACAACAUCAAUGACAAGUUAUACUGCGAUGUCCACGCCAAGCAAGCCGCUCGCCACAACCCGCCUGCACCCAACAUGGAACCUGUUGUGGUCAAGCCCGGUGCCGCCCCGCCCGCUGGUGCAGUGACCGCUACUCAGGCCAAGGCUGCCCCCGCCCCUGCCCCUGCCCCCGCCCCCGCCCCUGCCCCUGCUCCCGUGGCCCCAGAGCCAGAACUCGAACCCGUAGCACCAGUUCAAGAACCUCCAGUACCUCCCCCCGAGCCAGUUCAAGAACCGGAACCACAGCCUGAGCCUGCAGCCGAGCCCGAGCCAGCAGCCCCUGUUUCUGAGCCCGUCGUGGAAUCUGCCCCCGCCCCCGCGCCCGUCGAGGCCGAACCCGAACCCGCACCCGCACCCGCGCCUGAGGCUGAGCCCGAGCAAGAAUCUGCUCCCGCCGCUGAGGAAGAAGCGCACAUUGCAGACGAAGCUCCCGCUGAACCGGAGACUGAACCGGAAGCUGAACCGGUACCCGAGGAAGCUGAACCGGUACCCGAAGAAGCUGAACCGGUACCCGAGGCUAUAGUAGAGCCAGAACCCGAAAUUGAGACGGCCACUGAGCCGGAAACAAAGGCUAGUCCAGAGCCAGAACCCGUUGUAGAACCGGAGCCAGAACCUGAAGCGGCAGAAACCGCGGCUGAGGCCGAACCUAUCGUAGAACCGGAGCCCGAACCCGAGGCAGAAGAGCCCGCAGUAGAACCCGAGGCCGUCGCCGAAGAGGCCGCCCCCCCCGCGCCCGAGCGCGUCUCUCCCGUGAUCGAGGUACAGUUGCGCAUGCCCCUUGCGCAUGGCAGUGGCUGGGCCAGUGCCACGCUCCAUAGCUCAGAGAUCACACACACGCUGCUGCAUACACCGGCGCCGGCCCCUGCUCCUGCCCCUGCUCCUGCCCCUGCCCCUGUUCAGGCCCCAGCAGCGCCCAUGGCGGCCCCUCCACCAUCCUUCCAGCCCGUCAAGGCCCCGGCGGCUCCCGCUCCGCAGAAGCCCUUCGGUGCUCCUGCAGGAAGCGUGGAUGUGCGCUCGCACAUUCCCAAGAAAGGCCCCGCCCCCGCCCCGGCUCCGGCCCCGGCCCCCGCGAUGGGUGGCAUGCCCAAGCCCACGCCCGUGCCAGGCAUGGGCGGGCCGACCAAGGGCGUGCCCCAGACCAGCGGUCAGAAGAGCGCCCCCCGCCGAGGCCGCGGUGUGAUGAACCAGGCCGCCAGCACCAGGAUUCCCGUCUGCUCCGACUGCAUGCGCCAGAUCAGGGGGCCCUUCGUGUCCGCCCUGGGUAAGACCUGGUGCCCCGACCACUUCGUCUGCUCCACCGACACCUGCCGUAAGCCCCUCAUCGACAUGGGCUUCGUCGAGGAACAGGGCUCACUCUACUGCGAGAACUGCUACGAACAAUACUUCGCCCCGAUCUGCGGCAAGUGCGACAAGAGGGUGAAGGGUGAUUGCCUGAACGCAGUCGGCAAGCAGUUCCAUCCUGAGUGCUUCUGCUGCGCCUACUGCGGAAAGGUGUUCGGUUCUGGCGCCUUCUAUCUCGAGGACGGCUUGCCCUACUGCGAGGCCGAUUGGAACGACCUAUUCACGACGAAGUGCGUGGGUUGUGGGUUCCCGAUUGAAGCAGGUGACCGAUGGGUUGAAGCUCUCAACAACAACUACCACAGCCAGUGCUUCAAAUGCUCUGUGUGCAAGUCCAACCUUGAGGGCAAGAGCUUCUAUGCCAAGAACGGCCGGCCUUUCUGCAAGUCCCACGCAGGCCGUUAGAUAUAUAUAUAAAAAAAAAACAACAACAAAAUAUAUAUGUAUAAAGCUCCGGUUCGAAACCACCUCGUCUCACUUGGUGCUUGUGUGUUCCUCCUUCCUGGACCUUAUUCCUGAAUCGACCUUUUCGUGCUCAUUGGCUAUGUUUUUUUUAUAUUAUUGUUCUUGUAUUGAAUGCCCUUCUCUUUGGAUUAGGCCAUGUGUUUAUUUAUUCAUUCACGCAUUCUUCUCUCUUUUUUUUAUUAUUUAUAUGUAUAUCUCUCUCUCUCUGUUGACAUAGGGAGGUUUUCUUUUUUUUCAAUAUUAUGUAUUUAUAUGUGCAUGGGUGUAUAUCCAUCACGAGCUGGGUCAGUGGCUGGUGUCGCCCGCGUGGUCGAUGCAGCUGACUGGUCGCUAUAGAAAGGGUUAAAGGUAGAUUCCGGAAUCUGGCCAAUUUUCUUAGAGAGCUUCUAGAAAGAAUUUCCCGACUAGAUUUUUAUUUCGUUUGUUCUGGUGAACGAACUGUUUUAUUAUUAUUUUUUUGUGUUUAAAGUUAGUGGACAAUAACUUUUGUAGAGUACGUGUCUCUUCCUCUUUUAGUUGAGUUAAUAGUCUCCAAGAAGUGAUCGUUUUCUCACAACUAGCUAAUUAGCUAAUCAAAUAGUCUUAAUCCUAGCUUGUGAGACAAUCAGAUACACUAGCAUUACCAAGAUAAUGGUCAUGGCUGCAGAUACUCUGACACCACAGAGAUUAGAAAAAAAAACAUAAAAAUAAAAUAAAAACAAAAAAUAACAAAAAAACAAAAGAAGCCUUGCACCUUAUUUGCUCUUUUGUGGGUUUGACUCAUGCACUAAACUUUAUUUUUAUUUCAUAUUUAUUUAUUUUUUACUCUCACCACUCUUGCUCUGUCUCACCGGUACAGGAGGUGGCUGGAGGCCUUUUGGGCGACACUCACAUCUCUAAACAAUUUUUUUUUUUUUUUGCUCCAGCACACUACUCUUUUUUAUCUCUGCCUCACACUCUCACUCACUCUCCUCACGCUCAUUUCACAAGCCCUUCCAGUGAAAGAUAAAGAUAAAACAUGUAUAGAAGCUCAGUAGGUGCAGCACACCAUUAACCAGGGAUUCUCAGUCCUUCGUAGUUUGCUUAACCGGAGUAGUAACUAGCCUCUAACCUGCAGAAAUGCCACAAGAACCUGGAGGGCCAGAGUUUCUUCGCCAAAGGUGGAAAGCCUUUCUGCAAGGCCCAUGCCCAACGUGGCUUCUAAGGCGGCCCAAACAGCACGCAGGUCCCUCCUGUGUCCCCCUGAGGAGACAGGGCGAGGGCCUGUCGUCCUCUCACCAGCAACAGAAACGAGGAUGGAAAAGAGAGAAAAAGAAAGAGUCUCAAGCAGCGGCAGUGAGCGUUGUGGCCCUCGCGAGUGCCAUCGGCAUCACUAUCACCAGCGACGAAAAGAAGCACCAGUCUGCAGCACCAGGAGGAGGAGAAGGAGGAGGAAGAGGAGGGCGAGGACGAGAGCCGCCUCCAGCGAACGUCGACACUCCCUGCCUACUGUCUCCUUGUUACGCUCUGUUUGUUUACAUUAACUGUGCUACUCACAUUGGCUAAUUGUUGGUGCAAGAUUACAGUGCAGGUUUGCAAUCGUUCUGUUGCAAUUAUUUAUUGUCCAAAACUUAUGUAAAGAAAGGCAAUUAGUCAGCCUUUUGACUCUUGUGUGUAAAGAUAAUGGUGCUUGCAAUCACCAGUGAUAAGAAAGUCAGUGCCUUGAUUUUAUCACAUUAAUCUAUAUAGAAUAAGAAUAUAUAAGCUUUACUGCUUAGUUUAAGGUACACUCAGCCUAUGCAGACACACAACCACAAAAGGAUUGAUAUUCUUUGUAUUAUUAUUAUUUCCAACGACUCUUCCUUUGCUUCAGCUGUUUUUCAGAUCACUGCUGUUUACUGUACUAUAGAGAGAGGUAUAUGAAUUGUAGAGAACAGAAUAUUGUUACUCAUAUGCUAUUAUUGUAUAUAUGAAUUUCACGAAACAAAACCUGUCUGACUAGACACACUAAGGACACCAUGUCAACCAAUCUAGCGAUACGAUUUUAACUCGGCUAUGCUUGCUUAAUCUUCCUGAACGCUGUGUGUUCUUCUGUCCCAACUACUUCUCGUGUCAUCUUUUUUUUUUUUUUUUGCUGUUCACACGCACCAUUGUCAGUCUUCCUGAAGUCACGAACUCCAAAUCUCUCUCGGACGCCAGUGCUUGCUUAAGGGCCACCCUGGAAAGGACGACUUGUGACCCUGUAGCAAACCGAGCCUACGACAAAGUAACACCUCUGUAGAUUUUGUGUUUUUUUCUAUUCAAGAAGGCUGAACAUCGAAAACAAAAACCAAAAAAAAAAAAAUCUUCAAAAAAAAUAAUAAUAUUGUCUAAUAUUCGGCGUAAAUUCUGUUGCGUGUUUCUUGAUCUUCCAAUUAUGUCUGACCCCUUCUUUCCCAGGGGGAUUAUAAAAAAAAUAGACAUAUUGUA